UAUGAUUGGUAGUCUUUUAUACCUCACUGCUAGCAGACUUGACAUUUGCUUUAGUGUUGGAUUGUGUGCCAGGUAUCAGGCUGCCCCCAAGGAAUCGCAUAUGAAUGCAGUCAAGCAUAUCAUUAAGUACAUUGGAGGUACAUCAGAGUACGGUCUAUUCUACUCUGCUGAUACGAACUUAUAUGAGGAAACUACGU